AUGGCCAACCACCUCCCUCCCCUCCUGGCGCGCCUCAUCCGCCCCUUCACCUACUCCGCCCGCCUCUCCCUCGCCGCGGACGGCGGCGCAGGCGGCGCAACCACCCAGCGCUGCACCAUCGCCUCCGGCUGCUUCUGGGGCACCGAGCACCUCUACCGCAAGCACUUCACCGGCAAGGGCCUCAUCGACGCCAAGGUCGGCUACACGGGCGGCGACCUCAACGACCCCAGCUACAAGGUCGUCUGCGGAGGCAAGACCGGCCACGCCGAAGCUGUCGAGAUCACCUUUGACCCCUCGCAGGUCACCUACCGCCAGCUCCUCGAGUUCUUCUACAAGACGCACGACCCCACCACCCUCAACAGCCAGGGCCCCGACCGCGGGCCCCAGUACCGCUCCGCCAUCUUCUACCACGACGCGCAGCAGGAGGCCGAGGCGCGCGACGUCACGGCGCGCGCCAACGAGCAGUGGUGGAAGGGGGGCAUCGUCACAGAGAUCUCGCCCGCGGGGCAGUGGUGGAGCGCGGAGGAGUACCACCAGCGGUACCUCGAGAGGACGCCGGGGGGCUACGAGUGCCCUACGCACUUUAUCCAGCCUUUCCCGCCCUUGCAGUAG